AUGGCAAAUGUGGCCCGCGGAUUUACGUUAAUCACCCGAAAAUUAUCGGGGCGACUGAAUACUAACCUUAGUUUGAAUGGCAAUUUAAUUCGAUAUAUUACGACAAACGUGUCGUGCCAGCCGGCGGCAUCUUUGGUAUCUCCCGUUUUAUACAAAAACACAUCAAUCAAGUCUACUAAUAUUACGCCAAACAUUUGGAAGCAAUGUUGGCGGCGGAAUUUAUCUAAUAAUCAUCAAUUAUUCCGGUCUUUCAUUCGUAAUCACGCAACUCAUGCUGAACAAACUUCGAAAUCUUUUCGAAGCAAACCCACGUCCACAGAUCCUCCUCUCACCAGUGCGAGUCAUAACAAGCCAACACCACAGUCGUCAAUCACGUCAUCGAGCCCUCAAACUUCUUCUUCCUCUUCAAGUACUUCUCCUACUACAAAUUCUAAGCAGCUUUUUGCAGAUUGGCAGAUUGUUAAAAACCUUUUACAGUAUAUUUGGCCAAAAGAUGAUAUUGGAGUCAAAAUUCGUGUGAUGGUUGCUUUAGGAUUACUUGUCGGCGGAAAAAUUCUAAAUGUACGGGUACCUUUUUUCUUCAAGAACAUAAUUGACUCGCUAAAUAUGGACACAGCUCAGCUUGGAACGGUGGCUACUGUUGCUGGUGGAAUGAUUCUCGCGUACGGUCUUGCAAGAGUCAGUGCUACCGUGUUUCAGGAACUAAGAAAUGCAGUAUUUGCUAAUGUUGCUCAAAGGGCCAUUCGUAGAGUUGCCAAGAAUGUGUUUUAUCAUCUGCUCAAGUUGGACUUGAAUUUCCAUCUUUCGAGACAGACUGGCGGUCUAAGUCGAGCUAUUGAUCGUGGUACUAAAGGAAUAAGUUUUCUAUUAUCUUCGUUGGUGUUUCACGUGCUUCCGACAGUUCUUGAGAUUAGUCUUGUCUGUGGCAUAUUGGUUCAUCAAUAUGGUAACAAGUUCGCCGUCGUGACGAGUCUGACUAUGCUGCUUUACGCUAUAUUCACGAUUAAGACUACUUCUUGGAGAACGCAUUUCCGUAAAGAGGCUAACAGGGCUGAUAAUGACGCGGCAACCGUGGCAGUUGAUGCUCUUAUUAAUUAUGAAGCGGUAAAAUACUUUGGCAACGAAAAGCUUGAAGUUGAGCAUUACGAUAAAGCUCUCUCCAAAUACGAGAAAGCUUCAUUAAAAAUUGCUAGCUCCUUGUCGUUCUUGAACUCGGGACAAAACAUCAUUUUCAGUUCUGCUCUAACGGCAAUGAUGUAUUUGACUGCUGAAGGAGUUGUAUCAGGAAGUCUUAGUGUCGGUGACGUCGUGAUGGUCAACCAGCUCGUAUUUCAACUAUCAUUACCUUUAAAUUUCCUGGGGACUGUUUACAGAGAGUUAAAGCAGAGCUUGAUUGACAUGGACUUGAUGUUUAACUUGCAAGCAACCCAAAUUAAAAUCGAGGAUAAACCUGGUGCGAAAGAGCUCGUUUUCAGCGGCGGUGAAAUUAGAUUUGAAGACGUCGCCUUUGGCUAUCAUCCAGAUCGACCGAUUUUGCACGGCAUCAGCUUUGUGGUGCCAAGAGGCAAGAAGAUAGCCGUAGUUGGACCCAGCGGGUGUGGCAAAUCGACCCUCCUUCGACUUCUUUUCCGGUUCUAUGAUCCAGGAUCCGGUAACAUCUAUAUCGACGGACAAAACAUAAAGGAUGUCAAACUUGAUUCGUUGCGUUCCCAUAUCGGUGUUAUGCCUCAGGACACAGCACUAUUCAACAAUACAAUUUAUUACAACAUAGCCUAUGGCCAGAUAGCAGCAACUCGCGCUGAUGUCGAACAUGCUGCCAAACGUGCACAUAUUCACGAUGUCAUAAUGAGUCUGCCCGAUAAAUAUGAAACUCGAGUGGGGGAACGCGGACUAAUGGUCUCUGGUGGAGAGAAGCAAAGAAUCGCGUUGGCAAGAGCAAUAUUAAAGGAUGCACCAAUCUGGUUUUUCGAUGAGGCAACUUCUGCAUUGGAUACCCAUACAGAACAGUCUUUGCUGUCGAACAUGAAAAGCAUUCUGCACGAAAGCGAAAAAACUAGUAUAUUUGUUGCGCAUAGGUUGAGGUCUGUCGCUGAUGCUGAUGACAUUAUUGUCUUACAAAAUGGACAAAUAGCAGAACGAGGCAAUCAUGACCAACUUCUUCAGCUUGAGGAUGGUGUUUAUAAAGACAUGUGGUUCACUCAGGAGUUAUCCGAAUUUGUGGUAGGAAACGAAGAAGAUAAGAAGGAAGAAACUGAAUUGCAAUAG